AUGGUGUGUUCUUCUCUCCACUUUUCUUUAUUUUUUUGCAGGAAGAAGUUCUCCUGGAGCGUUCAGAUGACGGUGUUCGCCAUGAUCCUCGGUGCCUUUGUGGCUGCCAGCGCUGACUUGGCGUUCGACCUGGAGGGGUAUAUUUUUAUCCUCAUUAACGAUGCCUUAACGGCCGCGAACGGUGCCUACGUGAAGCAGAAGCUGGAUUCUAAGGAGCUGGGAAAAUAUGGUUUGCUUUAUUACAAUGCCCUGUUCAUGAUCCUGCCCACCUUGACCAUCGCCUACUUCACCGGCGACGCGCAGAAGGCCAUGGCGUACCAGGGCUGGGCGGACACGCUCUUCGUGGUGCAGUUUACGCUGUCGUGUGUCAUGGGGUUUAUUUUGAUGUACUCCACGGUUCUUUGCACUCAGUAUAACUCUGCGCUCACAACUACAAUAGUUGGCUGCAUUAAGAAUAUUUUAAUAACCUAUAUUGGGAUGUUUUUUGGAGGAGACUAUAUUUUUACAUGGACGAACUUCAUUGGUCUAAAUAUCAGUAUUGCAGGAAGCCUGGUGUAUUCCUACAUCACCUUCACGGAGGAGCAGAUGAGCAAGCAGUCGGAAGGCGGCCUCAAGCUGGAUAUUAAAGGCAAAAGCUCCGUGUGAUCCCGGGGGAGGCGACUUCACGUUUUCCCAGGAAUCACCCCCGUUUCUGCCCCCGCUGAGGGGGGGCAGGAGGUGGGAAGGAAUCCCCUUCGCACACUGGAGAUUGCUGCCUUUGCAAAUUAAGGGGAAGAUGAUAAACUGGCCAAGAAUGGGUCUUAAUUAAGCCUGAUGGUGAGGAAUUAAGAGGUUUCUAAUCACGUUGAGGUUUGGUGGAGAAGGACUUGUCGGCUCCCAGGGCUGGAUCCCGAGCAUCCUGGGCUGCAUCCCGGAUCCCUGGGGGCUGCGGGGGGUGGGGACCCCGGUACCCAGCCCCAUCUGGGACCCCCUCCUCACCCCAUGGAAUGGGGGGGGACACUGGUGUCCCACUCCCCACCCCUCUCCUCAAAGCUGCUCCUGCUUUGGGUCAAACCCCUGUUGGUGAACGCUCAGCGCUCUCCGAACUUAACUUUUGUUAGUUUUAGGGGUUUUUUUGGUUCUUUUAGCCCACUUUUAAAGCUGGGUUUGCCCCCCUCCUUGGUUUCUAAAGCCCUGCAGCCAUUCACCCCCCUCCCUCCUGCC